AUGCCAGGCGGAGGACCAAUACUCGAGACGAACAACACUCUCGAACACCCGACCGGGCCAGAGUACCAAUUAGUCCUUGGAGAGGGCGUGUAUGAACUCAAAGACGACCUCCACAUUGCGACUCCGCCUCCACACCCAAGCGAUGCGCCGCAACCGAAUACAAAUCCUCUUGCAACGACAAUCGGACCUCCAGUAGCUGGAGUGAAGCUCUCCAUUGCCGUCCUCGCGCCUCGUAGACCUCCCACCCAGAACCUAUUUCGAUUCCACACCCACCAAAGCGGUCGCUCCCGCAUUGCACCGAGCAUACAAGAAGAGGCCUACAGUCCGAGGAGUGAAAAUGGGUCAGCAUUCAACGGACUAGAUUACCCGCAAUCUUCCUUUGGAGAUGGAAACCCGGCGUUGCUGCCAGCUGUACCGGCGAAAGGAAAGAAGGACCAAAAGCCGAAGCCGAAGAACAACAUCGUCAAAUCCAACUCGUCGUACGUUUCGAGGGUGAUACCACACGAGAGUCUACCUAAGAGGUUGAGCGAGCGAUCGCCAGAGGGCUUAUUUGCAUUCGCCAACAUCAAUCGUGCUUUCGUGUGGCUCGACUUGUCAUCUGAGGCAAAGACGGAGAACUUGACCAAGAUUCUCUUUACAAAAGCCAAUGUGCUGUGCCACGAUGUUAACCCUCUCACCAAAUCCGCGACACAUCUGGAUGUGGUGCUGGGAUUCAAUACCAGCGACAUCAUCUGGUACGAGCCCAUGACGCAGAAAUAUGCGCGAUUGAACAAGAAUGGCUUGAUAAAUCCGUCCGCCGUCUCGACGAUAUUAUGGCUACCCAAUAAGGAGAACUUGUUCAUCGCAUCCCAUACGGACGGCACGCUGGUUGUGUACGACAAGGAGAAGGAAGACAUCGAAUUUGUGCCCGAGGACGCACCGAUCGAGGAGAAUGGCCACGCUCAUGGUAACGAUCUGGCAACCUCUAGGUUUCAGAUCAAGAAAUCGGUACAAUCACGAAAUCAGAAGACGAACCCGGUAGCGGUGUGGAAAGUGUCGAGCAUGAAGAUCAACAGCAUUGCCUUCUCUCCCGACGGACAUCUCCUAGCAGUAGUCAGCGACGACGGCUCUCUCACAAUCAUGGACUACGUCGCCGAGCGCGUUCUCGACGUCUUCCGGUCGUACUAUGGCGCCAUGCUUUGUGUAACCUGGUCGCCGGAUGGUCGGUAUGUCCUCACCGGAGGACAAGACGAUCUCGUCAGCAUCUGGUCUAUUGAGGACCGUGCGCUCGUCGCGCGCUGUGAAGGCCACUCGUCCUGGAUCACAAAUGUCAAAUUCGACCCCUGGCGUUGCGACGAGCGGAACUAUCGCUUCGGCAGCGUUGGGGAGGAUUGCCGUCUUCUCCUCUGGGACUUUUCGGUGGGUAUGCUCGGUCGACCAAAGGCGGUGAGGCAUCGAGGUAGCAUCUCGAGCCAUGUGCCUGCGGAUCGCAAGCACAGCAUGUCGACGGUUGGGAGAUUGAGGAGCACGUCGAACCUCACGCAGACGGCCACAGCCGCCACCGCCGCAGACGAGCCGGAGGAGGAGGUUGUCGUGCACGCGCUGGACUCGAAGGCGAGCACGGCUGUACUGCCGCCGGUCAUGUCGAAGAAGAUUGGCGAUCAUCCGCUGUGCUGGCUGGGAUUUGAGGAGCACUGCAUUUUGACGUCGUGUAAAGACGGCCAUAUUCGUGAAUGGGUGCGGCCGGGUUAGGAAGCCUUUUACAGUGCUGCAGAUGAGGAGGUGCACACGUCAGAACCGGAUACAUUGCUCGAUAUGCCUACAGGCAUGCAUCACUGAGUUGGCGAAUGCCAGCCAUCUAAUGAGGCAAGUCGCGGGAAAGUUCGAAAGAGCGGUUCUCUGCAGGGCUGGGUCCAUCCAUGUGCCAACAGUUCUCGUUGAACGCACGUGGGUGUCCCAUCCUUGCGCUUCCCUAUUGCAGCCAUUCAUUAUCUGACAAUCUACGCCAAUGCGUGAUCUCUUCUC